AUGGAAUUUGAUGAUUCGUCAGUUGGUUCGGCGCAGAGAAGACAAACUAGGAACAGCAUCAGGGGCCCGCACUCGGCGCUUACGGAUUUUCUUGCAUCCAACAAUAUAUCCGCUGCCCAGAUCCAUCAAGACCACCAAAGGCGUCUAAGAGAGGCAGAGCAGCAAGCCGCCGCGGAAAGCCCCUCAGAUGCAACUGAAACUCACAAUGCAGAAGAACGCACUGUCGAGUCUCCAGAGCAGAGGACGAAGCGCAAGCGGAAGGAGUCAGCUACCUUGCAGAAGAUCAAACAGAGUAAGGAAUUUGCCCGUCGCAAGGCUCGCCGGACCGACGAGCCUGAUGGUGAUGAUGAUAUUAUUGCAAGGGAGUUGAUGUAUGAAAAAUCCCGGCCGCUACCAGGGCAACUGGAGAAUUGUGAAAUCUGCAGCAAGCGCUUCACUGUUACUGCCUAUAGCAAAACCGGCCCUAAUGGAGGUCUUCUCUGCAAGAAGUGCUCCCAGGAUCUGGCAGAUGAUGAGAAAAAGUCUAAAGCAAGAAGGAGCGGACCAAGGAGCAGUCGUCGUCAGAACCAGAGCAAUUUACUUGAUGGAAUUGUCCAGCAGGGAGCCCUAAGCUUGGUUGAAAUGUGUACAAAGAAAGUUGCUGAUAACAUUAAUGAUAUCGAUGAGUUCGGAGACUUACCGUCACAGCUCUUGAGUCGUCUCAGCCGGAUACUGUCUAAAAGGCGGGCUUUGACACCAAGGACUUUAAAUCUAUUCCUUCGUUCAGACUUGGACUCCAUCGAUAUCUACGACUCAGCUAAGCUCGAAACAGACGAUUUUCAGAAAAUCUUUACAUUCAUUCCAGCUCUAACGCAUGUCAAUCUUCGCUUUGCCGGACAAUUAAAAGACCGGGUCCUUGAAUAUAUGCUUGAUAAAAAUCUCCAAGUCAAGCAUUUGCAGUUAGACGCUGCCAAUCUUGUCUCGGACGCAUACUGGCGACGGGUAUUCCACAUCUUGGGCCCACAGUUAGAGAGCCUGAAGUUGUCAAACCUUGACUUUGCUCUCGAUGACGAGACGGUCGAGGCGAUGUGCAAAUCCUGCAGAGCACUUCGCUGCUUGAAAUUGAAACAAUGCUGGAAGAUGAGCGACGGCUCCCUUCGGGCCAUUUCAACUCUACCAUCAUUGGAGCACUUGUCACUUGGCUUUGUGCAAGCGAUCGAACCUGAGAACCUUCUUGAGGCUGUUUCUGGGGCAGCUUCUCAUUUACGGACUUUAUCGUUGGAAGGUUUUGCUAACGCGGAUGACCGCCUUCUUAAAACCAUUCACGAGAAGUGCCGCCUGCUUACGAAGCUUCGCUUCUCGGAUAACUCCGUGUGCACCGACCAAGGAUUUGCCAAUUUGUUUACGAACUGGUCAAACCCUCCAUUGGAGUUCGUGGAUCUGUCCUCCACACGAGAUAUGGACAAUACAAACUUGGAUGAUCCCACCGAGGCCAUCGGGCUUGCGUCUCAGGGAUUUGCUGCUCUCAUGAAGCACUCCGGGGCCAUGGUUCAGAAGUUGAACAUAGCCUCGUGCCGUCAUGUGUCACGUUCCGCCUUCGAAGAAGUGUUUUCGGAGGACAAAAGAUAUCCCAACUUACAGGAACUGGAUGUUUCCUUCCAUACGACGAUGGACGAUUACCUGGUUGGCCGGAUUUUCCGAUGCUGUCCCGCGAUCAAAAAGGUGGUGGCAUUUGCCUGUUUUAAUAUCCGAGAUGUUCAGGUUCCUCUUGGGGUUGCUUUGAUUGGAGGGUUGAGGGCCCAAGAUUCUAUCGAUUCGAGGGCCGAUUAG